AUGGAGUAUAAGCUGCCUCACAUCAACGGGUACGAUCGGCAGGAGUGGGACUGGCCGUUUCUCAAGUUUCACCUCAAGCGCGAUGACCUGUUCACUACCCUUCACGAUCGCUUCAACAUGCACCAGCUGCCUCUACAGGAUCCCAUGGCAUUCCACGGAGAUGUGUGCGAGGCUAUUGAUCGCUCUGGAACAUUGGAGGAGUUUUACUCCCAGAUGGCGGAGCGCAGAGCACAGCGAGUCAAGGAGAUGAACGAGGCGUUCAGCGAAAUCUGCCGCUUGAUUGCUUCGGGUCCUUGGGUUCUAGCAUGCCCGUUAUGCUAUAACCCAGAAACCGGUGAUGUCAAGACACCGCCAGGCACAUUGAACGACUCCAUGCCCCAAAAAUGGGCACUCUUUAACUACUUCAGCCGCUCGCUGUCCUUUGACACUCUGAUACGAUUCUUCGACGGCUUUGUUCGAGAUCGGCGCAAGAAAGUAGAAGACCGUCGGCGCUCAGCAGACAAGGCCUUGGAGAGAUUCAGGCAGGAAGCCGCAGCCAGACACGCAGCAGCUAUUGCUAAGCUUGAUAAGACAAAGACAGCACCUCAAACCGGCAACGACGAAGCGCAUAGCCAGCUGGAAGCACCUAGCGACGCAUCAUUCCCAGAAGAUGCAUCUAGCGACGAGCUACGAUCCUCGUCGUCCCAGCGGCGACAUGGUACGGCGCCGCGUUCUUCAACGACCGCGAGCUCGACGUCACGAAAGAGGAAGAGCGGUCAAGACGCAAGACAAUCUCAGCGGAAGAAGCGACGCGCGACGGGCGAAAGCCAUGAGGAUGACGACGAUGCCGUAUGGCUUGCCGCUGUACAUGACGUAUGGGAGACCCAAGCGCCCUUGCCGACGCCGAGACAAGCCGCGAAACGCAACCGAAUGGACGAUGACCCGGAUGAGCACAGAAACAAGCGAUCGAGGAGUCAGUCACUGGAUUCUAUGGAAGAUGAGGACGAGCCCCUGCACCACCGUGACUCCCCAAAUGAGCAACAGAGCAGCCGGCCGCAGAGACCUCCGUCCAGUAAAAGGAAAGCGAAUGGACACGCGCACAUCUCCAUCGAUCCGCAGAAGGCCUUUUAUUUACCCUCAGAAGACGGCAGCGAAGACGAGGACGAAGACGCGCACGACUCCAUCAUGGAUCCGCAGAAAGCCUUUUAUUUACCCUCAGCAGGCAGUAGCGAAGAUGCCACGUCAAAAGGCGAUUCCCUGUCAACCCUGGAUCCCACGUCAACCUUGGAUCCCACGUCAACCUUGGAUCCCACGUCAACCUUGGAUCCCACGUCAACCCUGGAUCCCAUGGUAACUCAAUGGCCCAUGUUUCCCCAAGGCCCCAUGUCGAGCCAGGCUUCGUCAGUGGCUUCAUACCACACUUGCCCAGAAGCAGCAGAAGAGGAGGAAGAGGAGGAGCCGGCGGACUUGAGACAUCUUGCGGGAACCCAGAUUCCUUCACAGGAAGAGCCAGAAGGGCAUGAGGCCAACGACACGACUAAUGAAGCAGCGGAUGCUAGGAAACAGAAAAAGAAGAGGUCUCGAGCGUUACACCGGCAACGAGUCGAUAACAGACGCUCAAGUCACUCAAGCGAGGAAUCUCAAUCGUCGUCGUCGCAGAGGACACCGCGUAAGAAGAAGCACCAGGAGCGCGAGACAUUGGUUCCAGUCGAGCAGCUUCUGCAGUCGAGGCGGUCGUCCAGACGAACUGCUGGACAAACGUUAUUCUUCCUCGCUGACGAUGCCACAGCCUGCGUGGCAAGCGGCAAGCGGAAUAUCUAG